UAAAACCAUCUGAAAUAAAACCCUAAAGACUCUCAUUGUAAGAACAAAUCUUGGAAGAAUCCAUCCUUGCCUUUAAUUGACAAAUCCAAUGGCUUAGAUCUGUCCACCGUUAGUGCUUAUCACCCACCCUUUUCUUCACUUCACUCUACUCUCUCCCUCUCUCUCUAAAAAAAGAAAAAGAGACAUGGCUGAAGCCACCUUCUUCAUUGACCACCUGCCACUCUCACUCUGAUCGCGGUAUUUAUAACCAAAAGUUCCAAUCUUUACCUCAAAUCCACACUCUAACACGAAAUCAAAACUUGGGUUUUCGUUUAUCUUUUUCUGUAAGUUUUAAUUUUGAGGUCACAUGGGUUCUUGGUUUUGAUCAACAAAACCUACUUAUCUGAGCCUUACCAACAAAACUCAGUUUUCUUUUAUCACUUUUUAGCUAAAAUUGAAUUCCAAGUUUUAAUCCUUACACUUGUACCUAAUGAUCACUGACACAUAUUCAAAGGUUUUGCCUGAUAUCUCAAAGCGAUCAAUGCUGAAAAACGAGGAUUUGAGCAAGCUAAUUAGAGAGCAAAGGUUGCAACAAGAGGCAACAAGUGAAAUAGAGAAAGAACUCAAUAUUUAUCGAAGUGGUUCAGCCCCGCCUACAGUAGAAGGUUCUUUAAGUUCUAUUGGAGGCUUAUUUGAUGGUACAGGGAUUCCUGGUAUCAAAAAUAGCAAUAGAGGUGGUUUUUCGAGUGAAGAGGUCCUAAGGUCUGACCCAGCUUAUGUUAAUUAUUAUUAUUCGAAUGUGAACUUGAAUCCAAGAUUGCCUCCUCCAUCAUUGUCAAAGGAGGAUUGGAGAUUUGCACAGAGAUUACAUGGAAGUGGCGGUGGUUCUAAUUCUGUGGUUGGGGAUAGAAGGAGGGGAAGUAGAGGCGGCGAAAAUGAAGGGCAUAGGUCACUUUUUGCAGUGCAGCCAGGGUUUGGAGGAGGAAUGGAGGAGAAUGGGAAUGAGAAUGGAGUGGAGUGGGGAGGAGAUGGGCUUAUUGGGUUGCCGGGAUUGGGGCUGGGAAGUAGGCAAAAGAGCAUUGCAGAGAUCAUUCAGAAUGAUAUGGGUCAUGCAAACCCGAUCUCAAGGCACCCUUCACGUCCUGCUAGCCGCAAUGCAUUCGAUGAUGAUAUGGAAACUUCUGAAGCUCAGUUUAGUCAGCUGCAUGGUGAUUUGGCAUCCCUUGAUGCUCUACGCUCCAGUUCAAACAAACAGGGCAUGUCUGCAGUUCAAAACAUUGGUGCAUCAGCUUCUCAUACCUACGCUUCUGCUUUAGGUGCCACCUUGUCUCGAAGCACCACACCUGACCCUCAGCUUGUAGCGAGGGCUCCUAGCCCUCGCAUUCCACCCAUUGGAGGAGGUAGGACCAAUUCCAUGGAUAAAAGAGAUGUGAGUGGUUCACACUCAUUUAAUGGCAUCUCAACAAGCUUCAAUGAUUCUGAGCUCGUAGCUGCAUUGUCUGGGUUGAAGAUGUCAACAAAUGGUUUAGUUGAUGAAGAGAACCACUCACAGUCACGAAGCCAACAUGAAAUUGAUGAUCGCCAUAACCUGUUCAAUUUGCAAGGUGAUCAAAACUAUGUCAAGCAACAAUCAUAUUUAAACAAGUCAUCUGCUAGCUCAAACCUUAAAUUACCCUCAACUCUGACUCUGAGUGGUCGAGGAGGCUCUCCUUCUAAUCACCAGAAUGCAGAUAACAUGAAUUCCCCAUAUGCUAACUAUGGCUUCAGUGGGUAUCCUGUGAAUCCUUCAUCGCCGUCCAUGAUAGGAAGUGCUCUUGCGAAUGGGAGUCUGCCACCUUUGUUUGGAAAUGCUGCUGCUGCUGCAAUGGCUGGAAGUGGGUUGGAUUCUCAAGCACUAGGUGCAAUAGGGCCGAACUUAAUGGCUUCAGCAGCAGAAUUGCAAAAUCUUAGUAGAUUUGGGAAUCAAACUGCAGGUGUGCCUCUUGUGGACCCAUUAUAUCUUCAGUACUUGAGAUCAGAUGAGUAUGCAGCUGCCCAGCUUGCAACUGCCCAGCUUGCAGCUCUCAAUGAACCCAUGCUGGACAGGGAGUAUGUUGGUAAUGCAUAUGAUCUCCUCCAAAAGCUUCAAUUAGAGACAUUGCUGUCCUCUCAAAAUUCACAGUAUGGUGUUCCAUACCUUGGCAAAUCUGGUAGCUUGAACCAUAAUUACUAUGGAAACACAGGAUUUGGUCUUGGCAUGUCCUAUUCUGGAAGCCCAUUAGGGGGGCCCGUUCUUCCAAAUUUGCUUGCUGGAUCUGGUGGUCCUGUGAGGCACAGUGAACGGAAUAUGCGUUUUUCUCCUGGGAUGAGGAAUCUGUCUGGGGGUGUCAUGGGAUCAUGGCAUUCAGAAGCUGGUAGUAACCUGGAUGAAAGUUUUCCUUCCUCUUUACUGGAUGAGUUCAAAAGCAAUAAAACUAAAUGUUUUGAACUGUCAGAAAUUGCUGGUCAUGUUGUUGAGUUCAGCGCUGAUCAGUAUGGGAGCCGAUUCAUUCAACAGAAGCUUGAGACUGCCACGGCAGAAGAGAAUAACAUGGUUUUUGAUGAAAUUAUGCCCCAAGCCCUUUCACUAAUGACUGAUGUUUUUGGUAAUUAUGUGAUUCAGAAGUUUUUUGAGCAUGGAUCUGCAUCCCAAAUAAGAGAACUGGCUGAUCAGCUAACUGGCCAUGUGCUGACCCUUAGCCUUCAAAUGUAUGGCUGUCGUGUUAUCCAAAAGGCUAUAGAAGUGGUUGAACUGGACCAGCAGACUAAAAUGGUCACAGAGCUUAAUGGUCAUAUCUUGCGAUGUGUACGUGAUCAGAAUGGAAACCAUGUCAUUCAGAAGUGUAUUGAAUGUGUACCUGAAGAUGCCAUACAGUUUAUUGUUUCUACAUUUUAUGAUCAAGUUGUGACGCUGUCCACUCAUCCAUAUGGGUGCCGUGUGAUACAGAGAGUGCUGGAGCACUGCCAUGACACCAAAACCCAGCGUAUAAUGAUGGAUGAGAUUUUGCAGUCUGUUUGCAUGUUGGCACAAGACCAAUAUGGAAAUUAUGUUGUACAGCAUGUCCUGGAGCAUGGGAAACCACAUGAGCGUUCAGCAAUAAUAAAGAAAUUAACUGGGCAGAUAGUUCAAAUGAGCCAGCAGAAGUUUGCCUCCAAUGUAAUAGAGAAAUGCUUAACUUUUGGCACUCCUGCAGAACGUCAGGCCCUGGUGGAUGAGAUGCUUGGCACCACUGAUGAGAAUGAGCCUCUACAGGCCAUGAUGAAAGAUCAGUUUGCAAAUUAUGUUGUACAGAAAGUGCUGGAAACUUGUGAUGACCAGCAACUUGGACUCAUACUCAGUCGAAUAAAAGUUCACUUAAAUGCUCUGAAGAAGUAUACUUAUGGGAAACAUAUAGUUCUGCGUGUAGAGAAACUUGUUGCAGCUGGAGAGAGGAGAAUUAGCUUCCUUACUCUGAAUCCAGCUACUGCAUAGAUGGCUAGCGUUGUACAGCUAACUGAGGAUAGUAUUGAACGCCUCUUUCUCUGUUAUUUCUUUUCAUAUCUAGUAAGGGCUCUGUCUAUUUGUUGGAUGGAUUGGAGCUUCAUGAAAAUAAGAACUAUCUGUUGUACUAAAAACUGUACAUGUUUAGUUUGAGGAUAUACCUAGAAUCAGGUUAGCUGGGGCUCUGAUGGUGAGCAUGCCGAGUCCUUGCAGAGAAGAUAAAGAGUUCCUGUACAAGUUUUUAAGUAUGUAAAAAGGGAGGAGGUAAUUAAUUUAUGAUCGUGACUGUACAAAAAUGUUACCAGGCGGAAACAGCUUUUGUGUUUAGGAGAGUACGGAAUUUUCCUGAUGCAUGGGAUUGUUUUAUCUUUCUUAUUUUAAAAUAUUACCCCCACUAA